AAAUACUUGUGCGAACCAUCGCCGCCGCCGUCGUCCGUCAUCGAAUUCGUUCGUUUGUUUGUUUGUUUGUUUGUUCGUUCGUUGUUUCAUACGUUCGUCGAGUCCGCAACACCCGCGCUCCAUUGUUUUUAUCGUUGGACGUUGUCGCAUGCACCCGCAUAUCGGCAGCACGACACCACCCCGUACGCGCGCACAGUGCAGUGCACACACGGUGCGGCCAAACACCAGUCGCGUCCAUGACAAUAUCAACGCCGUCCGCGCGCACCAACAACGCCGCUGCUUCGUCUCCGUCUCCGUCUCCGUCGUUGCUGUAGCCGUCGUUUCCCGUCGUACAGUAGGGAAACCGUUCUCGGCCACAUACGCCCGCCGUCUCCGUCGUCGUCCAGCACAGAGCCGUCGCCACUGAACCACCGCCGCCACUGAUUACCGUCGACUCAGCCGCCGCCAUGGGACCGAAAAUCGUUUGCCUGGCGGUCGUCUGCAUUUUUCUUGUGCACAACGUGCUUGCACAAUCUAACAAAAAUGUUUCAUCUACUAAACCAUUAAAACCAUAUAAGGAAGAAUUAUUUAUUGAUGAUGAAUCUGAAAAUGCGGAUGAUGGUGACACCGAUAAAUUAGGUGCUGAUGAUAUGAUGCUAGGCGAAGAAGGUAGUGGUAUGGGUCCCCCAUCAAAAGGAACAGGGGCUGAAGAUAUGGAAUCUAGUGGUUCUGGCUAUGGACCCGAUGAUGAGGAUGCACAAGUUGGUGGUAAAAGCAAAGGUAAAGCAGGUGUUGAUUCUGAAGAAGAUGAAGACGAUAUGGAUGAUGGUGAUGAUGAAGAUGAAGAUGACACUGAAGAUUUUGAUACAGAAAAGCCACAAAAGGUGUUUAAUCCUGUAACUACUACAUCAACUACGACUACAACAGUUAAGAGUCUCGAUGAAGAAUCUAAUUUCCCCGAAGAGCCCAAACAAAACAUUGAUGAUGUCAAUUUGGCACCCAGUGUACCUAGUGCACCUGAAGUACCUCAGACUACAUCUACGUCUACUCUUCCUCCACCUCCUUCCAAUGCUAUUGAUGAACAUUCUAGCAGUAACGGAGUGUAUAUAAGUCCAAACAGCCACCCUGAGCGAACAUCUUCAUUUUUCGCACAACCUGGCAUACUUGCAGCUGUUAUUGGUGGUGCUGUUGUGGGAUUGUUAUGCGCAAUUCUAGUGGUUAUGUUCAUUGUAUACAGGAUGCGUAAAAAGGACGAGGGUUCUUAUCCCUUAGAAGAAACUAAACGUUCACCAGCCACAAAUCCAUACCUAAAAUCUUCACAUCGCGAAUUUUAUGCAUGAGUACAUUCGUAAAUUGGUUUUUACUUGAGCCUAUGAACAUAGUAUACGUUAUAAUAAUAAUAUUGUUUUUAUCACCUCCUUCCCCGUAAGACCAUUUAACUAUUCCAAAGGCAGCUAUAUGACUUCUAGUCACAAAUACAUUUAUAUAUACUAUAUAUAAAUGAUAAAUAGAGUUUCAUUAUAAAUUAUCGAUCUUUUAAAACACAAAAAUAUUAUUUUAUCUACCAUUACUCUCCUUAAGAAAUUGUACAAAAUUUUUUUUAUUUUCUUAUAUUUUGAAUUAGUCAGAUUAUUGUCACCUAUAGUGCAACUAAGUUAAGAUGACCAAUCAUGCAGAAAAGAGGAGCUUAUUUUAAACCCUGCCGACACGACAGUCAAAAUAUGGUCUAUCAGUUGAUGCUUCAUGUUGUUGGGCCUGACCGAAACAAACAUGACCAGGCAACUGACAUGUUAUGCCUCCUGGUCAUCUUAACUUGGUUGCACUAUACCUAAUUGUCUUCCGUAAUCCCCUUUUAAUGUUAAAUAUAUAUAAAAUGUUAAUAUUAAUUGGCUGGAUCUAUACCAAACUGGUGACUAUUGAAUCAUAUCAUUGUCAUAUUGGUUUUAUGGAUAACCUCAGAGGCAGGCUUCCGUUUUUAAUUUUUAUAGAUUCUCACAUACAGAGAACAAGACUAAUAUUAAGAUCAUAAAAUGCCAAUUGAUUUCAAAACAUAAAACCAGUUUGGUCUGGCCUGCUUUAUAUUAUUAAUUAAAAUGUACUGAUAAUUGCAAAUCAAUUUAAAUUAAAUUAUACUAUUAUUUGUUGAAAUUAAUUUUUGUUAAGUAUAAAUAUUAGGCAGUAUUAAGUGGAAUUAUGAUGGUUCAUUAAACUUAAGACCAAUCUUAAGAAGAAUAAAUUGAAGAUAAUAAAGAAUGUGUAGUCUUUAAUUUAAAGACUUAAACAAUGUAGAACCUUAGCCAACUUAAAUAUGUGCCAUCUUUUCGUUGGGCCUCCCUUCUGUUCAUAUAUUUUGAAGUGUUUUCCAAUUUUAACACUUUGUACAUAAUAUUUAGGCAUAACAAAUUAUUAUUAUUUUUAUUAUUAUUAGUUAUUAUUUAUAGUUUUCCAAUAUUUUUUAUUUUAUAAUAAUUAUAUUUAUUUAGUCUAGCAUGGAACUAAUUAAUAGCGAAUAUACUUUUCACUAUUGCGUUUUUUAUACAUACGUAAUUGUACGUACUGGUAUAACAAAAUAAACUUAUGCUGCCUA